AUUCCACAGAGCAAAUCGGUGAAGAAGGGAAGGUUGUUUGAUGGCUGACGUUAUCUUUCUCGAGAAAAUCCACGAAGGGAGAGAAAAAUAUUGGAGAUCGAAUUGUACAAAAUCUGCGAUCGCCUUGUAAAUUAUUGAAAGAACAAGGAUAGCACAAAUUUUAGACUCCUUUCUGCCUCUUCUCGUUGCCAUUCAACGCACUAUAUAAACUAGUAGUCUCUAUUGGCUGGACGCUGUCUGAUAUCUUUAAUCAUAUUUCUUCAUUUUGAUCUUCAAUAUUGGCAAAAUAAGAUGGCAGUUUCAGUGCAAGAACCAAGUCAAGAGAACUCAAUGGACAGGUUUCCUUUGCUCAUGGAGCCACAUGAAGGCAAUGAAAAUCAAGAACAUGUUAUUGAGAUAGAAAGGGCUUGUGGUGCUUCCUCAUCAGGCUCAUGUAAUAAUGGUUCUCUUCAUGGCUCAAUUUUACCAACAAGUGAAGAUAGACCCUCAAUUAGUGUUCAGCACCCUGUCACUGAACCGCCUUCUUCUUCAUCGAAUGGAUUGAACAUUAGGAGCUCUUCAGUUACAAGAAGAGAGGAAGGCUCCGGCCGUCACCAUUGGAGCCCAUUCAAUACCGUUUUAUGGCUUUCGAUUGAGCUGUUGUUCACCAUAUGCCAAAUUAUUGCAGCUGUUGCUGUUCUGUCUGUCUCAGGACAUGAGAAACCACAAACUCCAUUGUUUGCUUGGGUUGUGGGUUACACAAUUGGAUGUGCUGCAAGCCUUCCUGUCCUUUAUUGGCGCUAUCUUCAUCGCAACCAGGGUAAUGAACAAGGGUCAUCUCAAUUGCGUCAGGAUUCUUCCCAAGGCAACCCUACAUCAGAAUCUAAUUCUUACAUCACUAUCUCGUUAACUCGGACCUCAGAAGAGGAAGAUGGUCAGAAUACAUCUUCAGGCACUUGGAAUGGUCGAACAAUUGGUGCCCCAAAUGCUAGACUUGGUGCGUUGAUGGAGCACUUAAAGAUGGCGUUGGAUUGCUUCUUUGCUGUGUGGUUUGUUGUUGGCAAUAUAUGGAUCUUUGGAGGGCAUUCAUCUUCUUCUGAUGCUCCAAAUUUGUAUAGGUUAUGUAUUGUGUUUAUUACGUUUAGCUGCAUUGGCUAUGCCAUGCCCUUCAUUUUGUGCUCAAUGAUUUGCUGCUGUUUGCCUUGUAUUAUUUCCAUCCUGGGCGUCCGUGAUGAUAUGAAUCGAAUAAGAGGGGCUUCUGAAGAAACUAUUAGUUCUCUACCAACUCACAGAUUCAAGUUAAAGGAAAAAGGAACCCCCAACAGUAGAGAGAGUAAUUCAGGAGUUGAUGAGGGUGGAUUUUUGGCAGCAGGAACAGAAAAAGAGCGUGCAAUCUCAGGGGAAGAUGCUGUGUGUUGCAUUUGCUUGGCAAGAUAUGCUGACAAUGAUGAGUUGAGAGAGUUGCCUUGCUCUCAUUUCUUUCAUAGAGAAUGUGUAGAUAAAUGGCUGAAGAUCAACGCUUCCUGUCCACUUUGUAAAUUUGAAAUAGGUGAAAGUAAUGGGAAUCUUCCAUCAGAAGACUCCAGCCAACAAGUGUGAAGGAGAAGUGCGAGAGAUUUAAGAGUACAAUGUGAUCAAUUUUCGGGAUCAAGUUGCCAUUUUGAAAGGAACACUUUUUCUGAGAUUGAUUCUUACCCUUUAUUUGCCACUGAAUCUGGGAUGCACAGUUGAGCAAAAUGAAGAGCCACAUCAUCAAGCUUGUAUAAUAGACUUAAUUCCAAUUAUUGUGAUCAAAAGUCAAGAUAGAAAGAUGUAAAUAGAUGUUUAAUCACUGUUCUCUGUCAUGAUAAAUGAUUGGAGAGGGACUGAGCUUAUCAAGGAUGGAUAACUUCUCACAGUGUGAUAUAGUUUAUCUGCUGAAUUGAUUUUUACAGCAGCUGGGAUCCCGCUGUCUCCAUGUUUCAUUUUGGGUGAUACAACUUUCAAUGGCAUAUCUCCUCGUAAAUUUUGCUUUCAUA